CUGUAUCCGCAGAGUUCAGAGCAGAACAAGUGUAUGGGGGAGUGAGAGAGCCCCUCCAAUACAGAUAUACAUAGAAGUGUAUAGUACUCCAGUCUAGUGCUGGCUAGUAUGUACCAUGCUACGGUUAGAUAGUGACCUUGAGUCGGAAGAUACCGAGCUUUCUGAGGAUGAUCAAGAUGACCAAGUGGGGAACUCCUCUAGUUUGCUGUCUCAAACAAUGAACUAUGUUGGACAGCUUGCUGGGCAGGUCCUGGUUACUGUAAAGGAGCUCUACAAGGGGAUCAACCAGGCUACACUCUCUGGCUGCAUCGAUGUCAUUGUUGUCCGUCAGCAAGAUGGCACUUACCUGUGCUCACCUUUCCAUGUCCGCUUUGGGAAACUGGGAGUCCUUCGGUCAAAAGAAAAAGUGAUCGACAUUGAAAUCAAUGGAGAACCUGUAGAUUUGCACAUGAAACUUGGUGACAACGGUGAAGCUUUUUUUGUACAAGAAACUGAAGAAGAAAAUGAUCCAGUCCCCGCAUACUUGGCUACCUCACCUAUUCCUACAGAGACUCACUUUUUUAAGAAUGUACACAGCCACGUGCCAAACUCUGCAGAAGAGCUGAAGGCUACCCCCCCAGGUUAUGCUUUUGAGAUGGAGAAUGUUCCAACUGGAUCUGUAAAGAAGAAAAAAAGGAAGAGGCGGCGAAUAAAACAUGAAAAAAAGGAAGAUGUUCCCACGCCUUCAGGAAUAGAGGAAGUCUUUGAAAUUGAAAUAAGCUCUGAUGAAGAAAGUCCAGUUCAUCCUCAGAGGUCAUCCUCAAAUUCUGCCCUGAAGGAGGAGGAGGAGUACAGAGAGUCUUUUGCCUGCCAUUCAGCUGAUCACUAUGCGCUGUCUGAUGGAGACUGGUCCCCACAAGAGAGUGGCUUUUGCCAGUCUGUGGGUCCAAAGAGCGAUUCAGAGCUGGAAGUGAAACCUACAGAGACCCUGCUCAGAAUGGAGCCCCAGAUGGAGUGGACAUGGGGUGGUUUCCCAGAGUCGGCCAAGGUCAGCAGAAAGGAAAGGACAGACCACCCACGGACAGCCACAAUAACACCCUCUGACAACACGCACUUCAGGGUGAUAAGUUCUGAGGCGCUAGCUGGGUCAGCUGAGGAAGAAGAAUCUAUCCAGGACUCUAUUUGCACUGUAUUCAGACCAGAACCACGACCUCAUUCCAUCACUGUUCAGGUAGAUUCUAGCCAGCCGCCAUCACCUGACACUGCUCUAAGCUCCCCAAAUGAGGACGAGAUCCUUUCCCUGGAGGCUGGGGAUACAGUCUCUGAUGUCAAGACUUCUCUUAGAACAGACUCUCCAAGCAAGAAGAAAGGUGUACGGAAGAGAAGCCAACAUCAGGGCCCAGGGGACAUUUAUCUGGAUGAUCUAAAUUGUUUGGAGCCUGAGGUGGCAGCACUUUAUUUCCCCAAGAGUGAUUCAGAUCCUGGUUCCAGGCAGUGGAUGGAGUCUGAAAUGCUGUCAGGAUCUCAGUCCCCUCAGUCUGUUGGUAGUGCUGCAGCAGACAGUGGUACCGAGUGCCUGUCUGAUUCUCCCAUGGACUUGCCAGACGUCACACUUUCUCUUUGUGGUGGUCUGAAUGAGAAUGGAGAGAUCUCCAAAGAGAAAUUCAAGGAACAUAUUAUUACCUAUCAGCAGUUUGCCGAAAACCCAGGAAUCAUUGACAAUCCUAACCUUGUUGUAAGAAUCUAUAAUAGGUAUUAUAACUGGGUGCUGGCAGCUCCUAUGAUAUUAAGUAUACAAGUGUUCCAGAAGAGCUUACCCAAGAACACUAUUGAAUCAUGGGUGAAGGAAAAGAUGCCGAAACAAUCAAGAAGAUGGUGGUUCUGGAGAAAACGAGAGAGUAUGGUUAAGCAGCCUGAUUCAAAGGAAGAAAAGCUGGAUACAGAACUGAGCAAUGAGCAGACUUCCGAAGUAAAAGAGCCACCAAAAAUCCGGCCGUCAGCAGAGGACAACUCAUCGAGUGAUGAAGAAUCCUUGGAACUGAAGCAGAUAGCUAUUGAGGCUGCUCCUGUGGAGUAUCAUACUGGGGGAACAACAUCUUAUCGGAAGACUCUGCGUCUGACCUCGGAGCAAAUUGAAAAACUCAACCUCCGAGAUGGUCCGAAUGAUAUAGUGUUUAGUAUAACCACACAAUAUCAAGGUACGUGCCGAUGUGAAGGCACCAUUUAUCUGUGGAGCUGGGACGACAAGAUCAUCAUUUCUGACAUUGACGGAACAAUAACAAAGUCAGAUGCCUUAGGCCAGAUCCUUCCUCAGCUUGGAAAGGAUUGGACACAUCAGGGCAUUGCCAAGCUCUACCAUUCCAUACAUGAGAAUGGAUACAAAUUUCUGUAUUGCUCGGCCCGUGCUAUUGGCAUGGCAGACAUGACCAGAGGCUACUUGCAUUGGGUCAAUGACAAAGGCACUAUACUUCCUAGAGGACCUUUAAUGUUGUCUCCAAGCAGCCUUUUCUCUGCAUUCCACAGGGAAGUCAUAGAAAAGAAACCCGAAAAGUUUAAGAUUGCAUGCCUCAAUGAUAUUAAAAACCUGUUUGGUCCACAUCAACAACCCUUUUAUGCUGCUUUUGGAAACCGUCCUAAUGAUGUUUUUGCCUAUAUGAAAGUUGGAGUCCAAGACUGUCGAAUUUUCACUGUCAAUCCUAAAGGAGAAUUGAUACAAGAGAGGACAAAAGGAAACAAGACCACGUACACCCGCCUAAGUGAGCUGGUCGAACACGUGUUUCCAUUGCUGGACAAAGAGCAGAAUUGUGCUUUUGUUUGCCCGGAAUUUAGUUCUUUUUGCUAUUGGAGAGACCCAUUGCCAGAAUUAGACCUGGCAGACUUGACGUAAAUCACUCACGAGCGUGUCUGGAACUAUUAGUGGACGUGAAAUCAUUUCGGUUCGGCAGUCACUUACCUGGAGUAUUACUGACACAAGGAGCUUGCAUUAUUGUCCAUUUGUUUCUAAUGCCUUUAUCUCACAUUGUCUUACAGUCAGUUCGUAAUUUGUAGCCAGUAAAGAUAUUGUAUCCUAUCGAUAUAUUCAGGGAAAAUGUUAGAGAAAAGUGAUUUUAUUUUAUCACAAUAUCUUAAUUCACUGUAAUUUACCUUUGUUCUUGUGAAGGCAUUGCAGAUUUUAUCUUGUGUUCAAGCAUACCUUGAAGUGUAAUGGUCUUUCUCAAUCAUGUUGUGCCUCCUUGAAAUUUUCAUCUUUAAAGCCAUUGGGGAGUAGCGUCUAUUGCAGGGCAAUACGCUUCAGGACCCACAAGCAAUGGAGACUUUUUAAGUAGUGGAAAUCGCACAGUGUGCAAGUAUUAUUUCCUAGAAAACAAUUUAGUUCUUCAUCAUCUGUGAAAAUGCUUAAUCCAAAUAAGUUUAACAGUGCAAUUAUUUAUUUUACCUGCAUUUCAAGCCACUAAAACGUGCAGUGUUGAAGGCAUUUGUCUGUAAUUUUGUUUUAGGAUUGCCAUUGUUUAUGGCUUGUAGGACGUCCACUUUUGUUUUAAUUUGUAAAAAAGUUAAAUGUUAUGGUUUAAAAUAACAUUUCAUCCUCAUGGUUCACCCUCUUUUACUAAAUGGAUAGGUGUCUGCCAGAGAGUGCCGAAAUUGCUAAUGGUAUCUCUAGGGGAUAUUGUCAGGCAGUAAGAUCUAUAAAGAAAACUCAAGGAGUGAAGAAUUACACUGCCAGUAAAAGGAAGAACUGUGUAAGAUUGUAUGCAGGAUCCAAUGGCAACCAAUCAGCUUCUGCGUUUCAUUUGUUUGGUGCAAGUUUGACAGUGGCCGUAAAUGUCUGAUCAGCUGCUGUGAUUUAGUGCUUACCUUCCGGCCAUUUUGGUAAGUGAUUCUCUAUGGUCCAUCAUCUUUAGGACUAUUUUAGUAACAAAUUAUAUUUGAUAUUUAUGAGUUGACCCGAUCUCCGUGACCUUUCAAACUCGUCUGUAGAGAAAAAAAAAAUUUGCUUAUUUUUUUUAUAGUACUUUAAAGAAAUUUAUUGGUGAGUUAGAAGAAUAAAGCUGCUUAUUCUGCAAAUAUCAGAAUCGUGGAAUGGUAGCAACGUAACCUAAUGCCAAAUACUGGAUUAAUAUAAAAGAAAGCAUUUUGGAAGGUUCUGUUUCAUAAUUACAGGGUACAAGCCAACAUUGCCUGACCAAUCUCCACUUCACUGAUGCUGGCUGUGGGGUUUUUGCAGAAAGUGUGCAAUAAAUCUUCCUUACAGUCAGUAAAGAGCUCAUUGUGCACAUUUAUUUUCUUUCUGAAUGUCCUACCUUUACUUAAGGUAUGAGUCUACUUUUACGUAGUGAAAAAUUGUGAAAAGGAUUUAAUUGUGGUAGGUAUCCUGUUCAAUUCUAUCCAAAUAAAGUGUUCAAAUAUUUUA